CGUUGGGUUAGUUAGAAAAGCAUUACCCAAAAAGAGAAACAAAAACAAAAAAACAUUGCGAAAAAUAAAAAACAAAAGCAAAAACAAAAAAGAAUUCAAACGCAAACACACAACAAAUCUAUGACAAAACCAGAAAAAAAGCUUCAGUUUUAAUGGCCAAAAUCCUUCAUGAAUCCACAAGGAACAUGACUCAGCUUUGUAAAAAAGUGGUCCAUCUCGACGUCCGGUGGAGCAUAGUGGAAAGGGUGUCUGUGAUUGGCCACUUCUUCAAGUUCAUAUGGGAUAGAAUCGUCGUCUGCUCCACAGGAAGGUCAAGCCGGUACCGGAGGUUGCAGCGGCGCUCUUCUUCGUCGCCGUUGCUGGAAGUGGCAGAGGAUGGCACUGUCUCUGACGAACCCACCACCACGUGCGGCGGCGGCGUGUAUGACACGGAUCAGGAUUCAGUGACUUUGAAGAUCAGCUUGCUGGGUGAUUGUCAGAUUGGAAAAACAAGCUUUGUUGUCAAAUAUGUUGGGGAUGAGCAGGAAAAGAGAAGCUUGGAGAUGACAGGACUGAAUUUGAUGGAUAAAACAUUAGCAGUUCAAGGAGCUCGAAUUUCCUUCAGGAUUUGGGACGUAGGAGGUGAUAAAGGAUCGGUGGAUCAUAUUCCAAUCGCUUGCAAAGAUGCAGUAGCAAUUUUGUUCAUGUUUGAUCUUACAAGUCGAUGUACUCUAAAUAGUGUUGUUGGAUGGUAUAGUCAAGCAAGAAAAUGGAAUCAGACAGCGAUUCCUAUACUAAUAGGGACUAAAUUCGACGAUUUCGUUAGACUUCCUCCAGAUUUGCAGUGGACAAUUGUGACCCAGGCAAGGGCAUAUGCAAAGGCAAUGAAGGCAACCCUAUUUUUCUCAAGUGCAACCCACAACAUAAAUGUCAACAAGAUCUUCAAAUUUAUCAUGGCCAAGCUCUUUAACUUGCCAUGGACUGUAGAGCGAAACUUAACCAUUGGAGAGCCCAUUAUAGAUUUUUAGGGGAAAAAUAACCAUUUUUUUCUUCCUUUUUUUUUUUUUUUAAUAGACUCAUAUUUCCACUUGUACAUAGUACAUGGUAGAAAAAAGCAUUUAAAAAAAAAAAAAAAAAAAGAGAAAGAUUUUCUUUUUUUCUUUUAUUAAAAAAGUAAAAGUUUCCGAUCCUCUCAGAGCAUAUCACCCUCGGCUUUUAUAUGGGGCAAAAGAAAAUGUAGCCCAUCUUAUUGUGAAAUUGAGUUGGCUCGGAUCCAAUCAAACAUUGUCAUAUACUAGUAAUGGGUCCCGCACCACCACAUGGCAGUGUUAGAUUGGAGCCAGGUGGGAUUACUCUUAUAUCUACAAAGGGACUCAAAAACUGUUGUCCAAGAAAAUUUUGAAGUUUAAGGAUGAAGUUGCUGAAUAUUUUGGUUUAGAGUGGGCUGUUGAUCUUGCAAUUUCUAAAGGUUGGAGAAAGGAAGUUUCAAAAGGUGGUUGGAGAUUGUUAACUUGUGAUAAUGCAAUCUUAUUUGCUAACACUCAUCCUCGUUGGGAGUGUGUCUCUAUGCAGCUGCAUGAUCUAUACAAAAAAGUUUUCUAAUUUUAGUUGUUGUAAUGUACAGUGGGUUUCAGCAAAAUGCAAUUCGAUUGCUAAUUUUUUUUUUUUUUUUCUUGGCUGAUUGUUAUAUAGGAAUAAUAUUGAUUUAGCCUCACCUCUUUUGGCCUAAAUCUCGUCUUCUUUUGCUGUUAGAAGAAGGUUGUAUUGUAGUCCUUUUUUGUAAUUUUGUUUUUAUUAAUGAAGUAAGCAAAGUGCAUGUAAAAUUUCUUUCA